AUGGAGAGCGGCAGGGUGGCGGGGGGCACCGUGGAGGAGGAGGAGAAGGAGGAGGAGGUGGGGGGCACGGGCCGGUCCCCCCCGGUCCUCCGGUCCCCCCUCCGGUCCCUCCGGCUGCUGGGCACCGGGGCGGCCCUGGCCUGGGCCCUGUCGGCGCUGGCGCUGGCGGACGGUUGGCUGCUGGGCCUGCUGGGCGGGCUGCUGCUGGCCCUGGGCGGCUGGCUGGGCACCCGGCUGCUCCUCCUCCUCCUCCAUCUGCCCCCGGGUGACCCCCCGGACCCCCUCGGCCGCCGGCGGGCCCAGCGCCAGCUGCAGCGGGAGCUGCACCGCGCCGCCCAGAAGGUGCUGAGGGACUUCGUGGCCCCCUGGCACGGGGCACCGGGCUUCCAGGCCCAGGCGGCCGCCGCCCUCGGGGGGCUGGCCCGGGAGCUCCAACGCCGGCUGGGCCAGGGCCGCCGGGAUGCCCUGCUCCGCCGGGUCCUGCUGCUGUGCGGGCACCACCUAAGGACCUACCUGCGGGCCCGGGCCGCCUCCCCGGACCGGCCCGCCGGCCUGUGGGAGGAGUACAGCCGCCUGGCCCCCCCGCACCCCGCCCUCAGGGCCCCCCACUGCGAGCUGCCCCACCUCCGGGCCCUGGCCGACCUCCUCCUGGGCGCCCUGGUGCCCGGGCCCCACCUGGACACCCGGACCGGACGCUUCGUGCUCGUCGAGCUCGUCGCCUGCAACGUGCUCCUGCCCCUCGUCGCCAAGCUGGCCGACCCCGACUGCAUCCACCUGCUGCUGGCCGGGGGCUCCGCGCGGGCCCAGGACGGGUCCCCCGAGCCCGAGUCGCGGCCACCAGACAGCCCCACGCCGGCCCGGACGGACGGCGGGGUCGCCCGGGCCCAGGCGUCGCCCCACCGGGCCUGCCCGCCACGUGGCGGCAGGCCCCGCUUCCCGCCGGACGAGAGGCGUGAAGAAGAAGAAGGGCCGGGCGACGUCAACGAGGAGGAGGAAGACGCAGACGGGAGGAAGGCCGGAGUCCCACCCGCUCGCCUCCCGCAGGGUCGACCCUGGGGCCCCCUGUUCCCGUGCGAGGACUCGGAGCCGGACUCCCCGGCGUCCGAGCGGGGCAAGGACCCGGCCCCCGGGGCCCGCCUGUCCGACCAGCUGCGGGAGGCCCUGACGGCCCUGGUGGGGGCCGAGGCGGGCGAAGACGGGGCCGAGGAGACGGAGGACGGCGCGGGGCCGGGCACCGGGCUCGGCCCCUGUCCCGAAAUCCAGAUCGACGGGGAGCCGGAGGGGGGCGGGGAGCCCGGCCUUCAGAGGGACUCUCCCCGAGAGCCUUCCGGGCCUUGCCUGCCACGGCCCUCGACCCUGGCCGGGGAGCCGGACGGUGGCCACCCCCAGCCGUUGCUCUCCUCCUGCUCCCCUUCCGCGUCCUCCCCCACGGGACCCCCAAACCCCGUCCCCUUCAGCUUCGAGCCCCUGGCCAGCCCCGACGGCCCAGUAGUCAUCCAGAACCUGCGGAUCACGGGGACCAUCGCGACACGGGAGCACAGCGGGACCGGCUUUCACCCGUACACGCUGUACACGGUGAAGUACGAGACAGCUGUGGACGGUGGGAACGGCGGCGGUGCCCUGCAGCAGGUGGCCUACCACACGGUGAAUCGGCGCUACCGCGAGUUCCUCAACCUGCAGACGCGGCUGGAGGAGAAACCCGACCUGCGGAAGUUCAUCAAAAACGUGAAGGGUCCCAAGAAGCUUUUUCCUGACCUCCCUUUCGGAAACAUGGACAGCGACAGGGUGGAAGCCCGAAAGAGUCUCCUGGAGGCAUUCCUGAAGCAAUUGUGUGCCAUCCCCGAGAUCGCCAACAGCGAAGAGGUGCAGGAGUUCCUGGCCCUGAACACCGAUGCCCGAAUUGCCUUUGUCAAGAAACCAUUCGCGAUGUCCAGGAUCGACAAGAUGGUGGUGAAUGCCAUCGUGGACACCCUGAAGACGGCAUUUCCGCGCUCGGAGCCUCAGAGCCCGACCGAGGAGCUGAGCGAGGCCGAGUCGGAGACCAGGCACCAGACGGAAGGCAAAAAGUCCAACAAGUCCAGGCUGAGGUUCCCAUCCAGCAAGAUCGCCCCUGCGGCAGAGGCCCAAGAGCAGAUCCUCUAUUGCUUGCGAGAGAGCAGCAUGGAGGCGGACACCUUGCCCCUGGCCGGGAUGGAGUCUUUCAUCGAAAAGCAGGAGAAGCUGCUUGCAGCCUGCGCCGGCCCGGCCCCGGGGGAGGCAGCCGAGUCACCCCCCAGCGGGAGACCGGACGGAACCGGUGGAGAUGCCAAGGAUGCCGCCCCACAGCCCCUGGACCGGACCGACCACGAGGCAGAGUCCGAGACAGCCCUGGCAGACACGGCUCUGGACCUCCUCCUCCUGCUGAUGAGGGAGCAGUGGACGUGGCUGUGUACGGAGAACAUGCAGAAAAUGCUGCACCUCCUCUUUGGGACCUACAUCCAGGCGUGGCUGGAGGUGCAGAUGGACAAGCUGACCUGCCCCCAGCGCUGGGUUCAGUACCUCCGCCUCCUGCAGGAGUCCAUCUGGCCCGGGGGGUCCCUGCCGCCGCUGCCUAAACCUGCCCGGACCCCAGAGCAGAAGGAAGCUGCCGCCGAGCAGGCGCUGCAGAGCCUCAUGGGACUCCUGCCUGACUUUGUCGUGGAGCUCCUGGGCCCAAGUAAGUGCCGCCUGAGUUGGGAGCUGGUCCUGGAGACGCUGCAGCAGCCACUCAUCAACAGGCACCUGGUCUUCUGCCUCUGGGACAUCAUCCUCGAGUUCUUGGCCCUGGACAUCCCUCCAGAUGCACCCCCUCCCACCCAGGAGGCCUUUGGGAACCCCAAAAGGACUGGCAGCUCUGCCUAGACACCCGAGCCAACUGAGGAACGGAGAACAGGGUAGCGGGCAGCUGUCCCCAUUGGGCAUUGGAGCCACCCGCUGACCUGCAGUGUGGCCGGCAGAGUGUGGAGGAACACUUAGGCAGGGCAGCCCCUUGACCUUUCCAGACUGCUCUGGCCAUGGUGGGACCUUGGCUCCAGCUGAAGCCGCAGUUCCGGAGAGAGGCAGAUUCAUGUCCUCUGGAGUUCUCUGCUUAGAGGGUGAGAGGGGUCACUCAUGGGACAGAAACCCCUCGGACUCCUCCCCGACGAGGAGAGUGGGUUUCCCCUGGGCCCCAUAUGGGGAAGCCUGCAGCCUCCGGGGCCCAUUUCGGGAAAAGAAGUGGCCUUCCAGAGGCCAGGAAUGGUUGAGCCUACUGCAUAACUUCCAACCCCCAGAGGGGCAGGAGCACAGAAGGGAUGGGAUGGGAUGGGCCGGAGAUGUGUGAAGGUCUGUUGUCACCUGCCUCUAGAGAGACAGAGAUGACAGGUGCCAGAGAUCUGUGUGGCAAGGAAAAGCUCAUCCCAAAAAAGCCAACCACCCUCAGUGAGCCAACCAGGAAGAUAGGUUAGACCCCAGGGAGCCCCAGAAGCUUUGUCCACACUAAAGAAGAAGCCCUGGAAAGAGAAGAAGAGGUGAGGAGCUGAGGAGGGUGUGGUAUUCUAAGAGUUAGUGGACCAGCGGACUCUGGGACUGUCACUGGGGAGCUUAGGAAAUGUGUGUUGCCUCAAAGCCCUCUGGGUUAGCAGCUGUUCUUCUCUCCUGCCCCUUCCCCUCAGCCCUGCUGCUGCUGCCCUGGCUUCUUUCGAAUCAGCCAGUAAAGGGCAACUUCUCUCCCCCUCAUCUGCUGAGAUCUCAUGGAAGGAGGCUGUAAUGGUGAGGUUGGCUAGCACUAGGAAUGGAAGAGUAAGGGUGCUUGGAAAAGUUUUAAAGAGAUCACAUCUCACUUGCUGUGGUGGCUAGGGGUGUAGUCCUGCCUAAUGGCAGGGGGAUGGACUGGAUGACCUAAGUCCCUUGGCUGAUUAUGGAUCUUUUCUGUGCUUCUGUUCAGUGUCCUGUGCCCUUCCCCCAUCACACACACCCUCUCUUUCUUUUUCUGCCUCCCCCCCGCUCCAAUCUGUCUGCCCAGUCCCGUGCCCCUCUCAGACCCCAUCUUGACAUCUGCUCCCUAUGUUGGCGGGUAUCCAUCGGGUGAUAUAGGAGGGCAAUCCCAAUGAGCUGCUUACCUGGCUGCUUAGAUGGAGUCCAGGAUACUUUUGGAAGUUGGGCCUCCAUUCAGUACAGACAGACCCUCCCCUCCAGGCAUUUUACCACCAUUCGUGACGUUGUCCUGGAAGGUCCAGAUCACCUGGCAGAUGGUACUCCCUGGCUUAACUAUGGCACAAGACCAGUAAAUAAUCCGACGUUA